CCUUUAACAGAAAACAGUAGCAGCUCAGGCUCACUAGAGCACACUACUCCAAAUAAUUCUAGUUGGGAUGAACAAAUAGCUCAAGAAGCUAAGGAACUUAGAAAAAUAACAAAUAUACAUAACAAUGAACCAGAAGAAAAUAGAAUUUAUUUGACAAAAGAAAAAAAUCCAUACUUAGAAGAGAUAAACAACACAGCACUACUUACAAACCAAGAUGACAAAGGUAGUAUACAUGACAAAGUAGAGUUUGAAACAAUAACAAAUAAUGAAAUGAAUAAUGAAACAACAAUACACAUUGAAGAAAACAUCGAAACAACAACAUAUUUAGUGAACCAUUAA